AUGGCUGCUUUUUGGUCUAUGGGUCCUCUAACUCUUGAAGUGCCUAUGUCUUUGUUUGCCAAAAACCGACAGAGACUCGCAGAAAAACUCCAAGAAGGUCAAGUUGUACUAUUACAAGGUGGAGAAGAUAUCAGCCACUAUGAUACUGAUAUACAAUAUGUUUUCAGACAGGAAGCAUACUUCACUUGGAUGUGUGGAGUUAAAGAGCCUGGGUGCUAUUUAGCACUAGAUGUCAAAACUAAAAAGGCACAUUUAUUUGUCCCGCAUUUGCCAGAUGAGUAUGAAGUGUGGAUGGGAAAACUGCUCACUUGUGAUCAAUUUAAAAAAAUCUAUGCUGUUGAUGAAGUUCAUUAUGUUGAGGAUAUUGCAAAAGUAUUAAAAUCGCUGAAUCCCGAAAAACUGCUGACACUUAGUGGUCCCAAUACAGACAGCGGUCUAACAGCAAAGGAAGCGGUGUUUGAAGGAAUCGAUGAGUUUACAGUCGACAAUGAAAUAUUAUUCCCAACUAUUGCUGAGCUGCGAGUAAUAAAAACACCCGAGGAGAUUGAAGUGAUGCGAUAUGUGUGCAAAGUUUCGUCGGAUGCUCACAAGCAGGUUAUGCUAUACGCCAAGCCGGGGCUAAAGGAAUACCAAUGCGAAUCAGUGUUUCUGGAUCAUUGCUAUCGCAUAGGCGGGUGUAGACACGUGUCGUAUACCUGUAUCUGUGGUUCGGGACAGAAUGCAGCGACUCUGCACUAUGGACACGCGGCUGCGCCCAACAGCAAGAUGAUACAGGACGGUGAUCUGUGCCUGUUCGACAUGGGCGGUAACUAUGCGGGUUACGCCGCGGACAUAACGUGCACUUUUCCCGCGAACGGAAAGUUCACGGAGGACCAAAAACUUGUAUACGAAGCCGUACUGUUUGCCAGAGACGCUGUUAUUAGAGAAGCGAAACCGGGUGUGCUAUGGACAGACAUGCAUUUAACAGCAAAUAGGAGUAUGUUGCAGCAUUUAAAGGAUGGCGGGUUACUUUUUGGAAAUGUCGAGGAAAUGAUUGAGAACGGCGUGGCCGCGAUUCUCCAACCGCACGGUCUGGGCCACCUGAUCGGCCUGGAUGUGCACGACGUGGGGGGCUACUUGCCUCAUUGCCCCCCUCGGCCCUCGGGACCCCUCGCCCGACUUCGUACUGCCAGGCGACUGCAGGCGGGCAUGGCGCUCACGAUCGAGCCUGGGUGUUACUUCAUAGACAAGCUAUUAGACCGAGCCCAAUCAAACCCAUCCCAAGCGCGUUUCUUCAACUGGCCCCGCGUGGAAUCGUUCCGCGGCUGCGGCGGAGUCAGGAUCGAGGAUGACGUGCUCAUCACGGAAGACGGGGUGGAGAACCUCACCUUCGUACCGAGGACCGUUGCAGAAAUCGAAGAACAUAUGUCUAUGGGUGCCAAUUUCAAGUCAAUUUAA